AUUCUUUUCAUGUCUUUUCUUACAAAUCCAACUAAAUAACGUGUUCUCCUGCAGUAUCCAAGUGUCGUAGGUAGACAUCAACUUUUUUUAUUCUGAGUUAUAUACCUAUCUAGUGUUUUUGAAGACUGAAUUUUAAAUCUCAGUCAUCUGUAUUUCAAAAUACAAAAAUGAUGCGACAUUCAUCCGUUUUACUCACGAUAUUGAUUGCAUAUUCAGCAUAUUCUUUUGGAGUGAUGAUCCCUUAUUCAAAUAAUACUAAUCUCUAUUUCUCCGCGAAAGAAAACAUCAGUAUUACUUGUUCUGGUACAGAUGAAGUCACAUGGACGACUUCAUUUACGCUGAAAAAAGGCUACAGUAAACACAGAAUAAUAGCGGAGACCCCGUACAGAAAAAUCCUUCAAAUAAAAAACGCUUCACUCAUUAAUGUUGGGAUACACGAAUGUGUUUCGAAGAAGAACAGAAAUGAGUUCAUGAGGAUUUUUCUGUAUCCUGAUAAGUCCUGUUACCGAGAUAAUGGAACCCACAACUUUGCCACAGUUUCAAUUUCAAAUUCAGGGGAAGUUCGCGAGGAAUUUUACGAUGGUGAUUCACUUACUGUCAUCAAUGGACGGCCUAUGGGACAAUCGCGCAGACCUAUUGUUUGAAGAAAAAAAUUGUAGGACAUUUGAGCACAGUUGUACUAAAUAACAAUGAGUUCAUCAAAUUGAUGAAUGAAGAAAGUGAUGUUAAAUUAUUCACGUCUUUAAUUAAUCAAAAACUAUAUGACAUUACACUUAAUAUAGGUAUUAGGUACCUAUAGGUCUAAUGAUAAGUAAGUUUUUAUACCUAUUCGAGUGUAAAAUCAUAUAGGUACCUAUAAAUUUACUCAACUAUAAUUAAGUCUGCAUGUAACGGCAUGUUUUAUUGCACUAAUCUUACUCGUAGUUGUCUCGUCAAAUUCAUGAAUUCAAUAAAUAACUUUUGUCAGGCACGUACUUGUAUCAAA